UCUGGACCCGAUGUACUAUGUGCUGCUUGAGAUGAAAUUAACCCCGAAUAAUAUGACAAAUUUGGUCUUUCGAACCGUCCUUUUUGCCCUUUCGUGGACAGAAGUCUGUAGAUUAAUCGCAAUCCCGAUAUGUUUGGUUUUGUGGACGAUCAACGUGGCGCGAAGGGAGAUGUUCAUGUGGGGCAAUAUGGCGAGGAGGAGCAACCUCGGGGGCCAUUUCUAUUACAGACAGAUCGCCAUUUUAUACACCCUUCGGAGACGACCAACCACGUUCGUGCUAAGUUUCAUUGUGAUCACGGGUUUCAUUUAUGAGGUUUUACUCAACUAUGCGACCAUCGUAAUGUUUGGCGUCUUUCCAAUUUCGGUCUACUGGACAUUACCAUACAUUGCAAUCGUCGUGAGGAUAAUUGUCACCCAAGUUGUGGACAUCGCUGCCCAGACGUAUGAGGAUUUUGAUGCUACGUUGAAAUUCAUGAGAAGAAAAUGCUUUGGGAAGAAAUCCUAUAUGUUUCGGAAACUGAGAGGGUCGCAAAAUUUAGGGUUGUGCAUUUAUUUGGGUACAAGCCCUUACUUGAUUAAGAAUAGUUUAAAAAUUGAUUAUCGAACGAGCGUUCUUUAUUAUACGGUUUCACUACUUACACACUAAAAAGUACAAAGAGGAAUAUUAAGUAGUGUAUGGAUUAAAAUCUUUAAAAAGUUUUAUCAGUUUGUUUCAAACAUGUGCCAAAAUAUGUAAAUAUUUAUUUUAUUUUACCAUAAAAUUGUAGAGAAAUCGUGUUUAUUGACUCAAUUUUUAUCCAUGCAUUGAAUACAAGUGAACCAAACCUCACAAAGUGACCAGUACUUGGCCACAGGUUACUAGGUAUGGUGCCCGUAGUGCAAUGGACACCGGGCAGAUCUGUGUAUCAAGUCAGAGAGGAAAACCACAAGGGAAAAAAAAACUCUCUGCCAUCACUGGGGAUUGAACCCAGUACCUCCAAUUCUGGAUUGAUACACAGCGUGAUAACCACCACCGCCUGCCAACGAAAUUUCUAAUUCGAUUCAUAAAAUUGUCUUUAGUACAUAUCGUCGGCCUAAUUUUAAAUAACCCUAAGUGCAGUCUCGUCUCAAUUUUAAAUAACCCUAAGUGCAGUCUCAUCAUAAUUUUA